GGUGAGCGACGACGGCACCGACGGAGCGUCGCUUGAUCGCUGCCAGUAGUAUCAGAGGGGAGCUGCAGAGCAGGACGGCGAGCUCUGCGCGGGCUUUUGACUGCGAAGCUCCCCUUUACUCGGAGACACCCCCUCCCACGGCGCUCUUCCAGCUGCGAGGGGGCGGCUGAUCCUUGCGCACCCCGGCUCCAUGGCUGCCGCCGCCGCUGCUCCAGUUCCGCGGAUCCUCCUGCUGUGCUCUUGGGCGCUCUUUUUGUUCCUGGCUGCUUUUCUCCACUCUGCCUCCCCGGCGGCACCAGAGAAGGAAGUGCCAAGCAGACCUUUAAGAGGGCGCACCCGAUCAUCAACAGCUGACAGGUCAUUUUUUCGGUGGAGGCCACCCCAUUCAUCCGGUUCAAGGAGCCUACGUAGAUAUCCAGGUUACCUCUUGCGGUAUGGUGAGAGCAGCAGAAAGAUGAGUUAUAAACCAUUGCCAAAAGAAGAAAGAAGCCAUGAGAUUAAAAGAUUAGAGGAGGAUGAGCUGGAGGAGACAAAAGACAUCACUGUUCGCGUUAUGUCUUCUCAGUCAGUGCUUGUUACCUGGACAGAUCCCAUCUAUGAGAAACAGAAGAAGGCUGUCCCCUCUAGGCAGUAUGCUGUCCGUUAUCGAGAGAAAGGGGAAUCAGCGAGGUGGGAUUACAAACAAGUACACAACAGGCGGGUGUUGGUAGAUAAACUGAUUCCAGACACUGUGUAUGAAUUUGGCGUUCGAAUCUCACAGGGAGAAAGGGAAGGCAAGUGGAGUGUCUCAGUUUAUCAAAGAACUCCAGAAGCUGCUCCCACGGGUGCUCCAGAAAACCUGAAUGUUUGGUCAAUAAAAGGCAAAACAGCAACUGUUGCUGCUACCUGGGACGCUCUUCCAGAGAGUGAAGGAAGAGUAAAAGAAUACAUUCUCUCAUACGCCCCCGCUCUCAAGCCCUUUGGAGCAAAGUCCAUUUCCUACCCGGGAGACACUACCUCCGCCCUAGUGGAUGAUCUGCAGCCUGGGGAGCGCUAUAUUUUCAAAAUUCGUGCAGCAAACAGGAGGGGCCAAGGGCCUCAGUCUAAAGCCUUCAGUGUUGCAAUGCCAGCAACCAAUAUAGGUGAAUCAAAGGUUGAUCAACAAACAAAUAGUGAAGAGGAUUUGGAACCCAAAACAUAUGGGAAUACUGUGUCUUCUUCCUCUUUCCACAUUCCUUCUGCCUUGUCGCCAUCCUCUUCCUCUAAACAAACUUUGGGUCAUUCAUCCAGUGUUCCAGGAGGCAGAGAUUCAAACAGUCCUGUUUCUGACCUCAAGAAUCAACUCGUAGCUGGGAGUAGAGUUCCCACCAAACCCCAGCUAUCUUCUAGAAAGGAGGCAGAGCGAAAAACCAAUUCUCGUUCCAGAGGAGAUACUGCUGACCACAGUCCCUCUAAAGAAGCACCAACUGUGCAGCCCAAACCUCAGGAUGUUGAUAAUGAAAGUAAUGAUCAAAUUGACAGCAUGGAGGAAAAGCCAAUAGUGUUUCCAAAACCUCCAAAAGUUAAGCAUUCGAUUUUACAUUCAAAUCAGCAACCUCCUGCGUCUCAGAAGGAAGUUCGAAGUCAUCCUACAAAAUUGGUCACUCCUUCUGUAUCAGCUGAGUCUCCUGCAUCAUCUGCAGUCACAAAUUCUCAAAGUCAUUCACGCCAUCCCACUUAUAAGCUAGUUCCCAGUGAUGCUCUUGACACUUAUAAAAGCAGAGAAACAGAAAAAAGAGAGCAAAACCCAGCUCCCAGACCUUCUUCUCCUCAGGGUAGUUCAUCUCCGUCUGUGCAAGUGAGACCUCUCUUGCCCUCCAACCGCCAUGCGCCAAGAGAUCCUAGAGUAGCCACCUCUGCAGUUUCUGCUGCUGCUACUCAUACUUUACCUCACUCGCAAGGCUCAUCCUCUGCUAAACAUAAACCUGAGGGAAAAGAUGGUUCUGAUAAUAAUGAUAAAGGAGAAGAUGAAGAGAAAAGACGAGGGUUGUUGCCUUCUAGAUUCAGUUCUAGGACCUCUUUGGGCCUGCCUGCAUCUGAACGCUUUAAUUUGUUCAAAUAUAGAUCAGCUCUUACUGCCAACAGAUUUGCAAACAAAGGCAGUAAUAUUCAUGACACCAGGAUACAACCCUCUAAAGGCCCUUCUACUACACAGUCCUCAAAGAUUAAUCCUCAGCCCAGUUCACGUUUGACAUCAGGCAGUAGUCAUAGGUCAAAUUCUAAUAUUGAUAAAGACAGAGAACUGGAGAAUGAAGAUGAAAGUCCUCUCCCACCAACUCUUCCCAAUGGUUAUUCACCAUCCUUUUCUAAACAAUCUUCUUCAGUGGACUAUACCAAAAGGAGAAGUGCUCUGGCUGAACCUAAGAAUAAUCAUAGGGUUGUACCAAAUGAAAAAUCUAAUCCCACAAACACAAAACAAGAAAACUAUAGCAAAGAACGGGGAGCUUUAGAUUCCUCACUCAAAGUUCAACACUCUGAUGCAGGGUCUUCAGUAUCUGGUCAAUCUCCCUCGUUAAGCAGAGCAAAUCAUCGUUCUAGUGCUUCCUCUCAGUUAACAAAUGGCCAGACUUCAAGGUCCAGAGGGUCAUCCCCAUCUUCUGAGUCUUUAUUAAGGACAUCUAUGGAAAAGUCAUCUCAUAUACAGCCUCCUGCUUCCAGAUAUCAAUCUGAGGAUAUUAAGAGCAAAGAUACAUCUCCUAAGUCAAAGCAAACAUCAUCUUUGUCUAAAAAAACAUUAAUGGGAAGUUCUCAAGCUUUAUCCCGUAAAACUGUCCAUCCAGAAACCAGUCAUUCCUCAAGAGUAGCAACUGAUCAGUCACAAAAUCAGCCUUCCUUAAAUUCAAGAAGCCACCUCACACUGACAUCCCUCCAGAGUAAUGAAAAACUAGAGGAUAAAGAUGAUGAUAAUUUGGAAGAAAACUUUUACAAAGAAGCACAUGAUAAAGAGAAACAGAGGGGUUCUCAUUCAGUACCUGCCAAAGCAGCCACUACAUCUAGGAGAAUAUCUCAGGGAAGGGCCAGCUCUCUUUCAAAGCAUUCUGAUUCUCAGACUAGUACAUCUGAUCAAAGAUCUCCAACUCAGAGUGAGUCUUUAAUCUCCUCCAAAGGGUUGAGUCUGUCACCAGGAAAAGAUAGGGGGUCAAAGAUUAUUGCAUCUAGUGAAGACACAUCUGAUACAUACAAAUUGCCUACAUCUUCCCAUCAAUCCAAACACAUUCAGCCAACAUCUACAUCUUCCAAAGACCUAGUCAAAGACCAUCAGUACAAUAGAAAAACGUCUUUAUUUUCAAAACCCUCAACUUCUCUGAGACAAACUCAUCCUUCAGUGUCCCGUUAUCCAUUUGGCUCCAGAGUCCCUACAAGGACAGCAUCCCAAACUGACAAAAAAUAUGGACUCUUCCAGCCAACCCCAACAAAAGCUGAACGUUCUCCCAAACUGUCUUCCUCUAAAACACAUCAAUCACUAAGCAUUGAUGAUGAUUAUAAUCAGUCAGAAACAGAGGAAAAUCCCACAUCUCCAGCAGCAAGGUGGCCAUCUUCCUCAGUUUAUAGGGAUAGUAAAAGCCUAAAUAACAAUGUUGCUAGUGAAAAAAAUAAAUUCCCAAGCUCUGCUUUGCCCCCAAAAGCAGGAUUUGCUGAUGAGGAAGAAUACAAGCAAGAGGAAGAGGAGGAACACCUCACUUCCAAGGUAUCAAACACUGCACCAUUGGGUAGAUCUACUGCUUCAACUUCUAGGUCAUCCCAAUCAUCUAACAAACUGAAUAAAGUAAACUUGGCAUUGCCACGCUACUCUGGAUCUACUUCCUUACCUUCUCAGCUUCACCCCACACACUCUACCUCUCCUACACAUUCUUCAUCUUCUUCCUCAGUGUCCCGCAAUCAACAAACACAAAACUCAAGAUUAUCAAACCCUUCUCAACGACAACAGCUUAGGCUUCCUCAUAGGCAAGGUAAUGGUGGCAGACCCAAUCUAACAACAAAACCAGAUCUAAAUAAUAAAAUAGCCCCUGGUAAUAAUGGAAAACGAAAUGGACAGAAAAUAAUAAAUGGUCCACAAGGAAUAAAGUGGAUUGUAGAUCUUGACCGAGGGCUGGUGCUGAAUGCUGAAGGAAGGUACCUGCAAGAUUCACAAGGAAAACCUCUCAGAGUAAAAUUAGGAGGAGAUGGUCAGACUAUUGUUGAUUCCAAAGGAGCUCCUGUAGUAAGUCCGGAUGGGUUGCCUUUGUUCGGGCAUGGGAGGUUUAGCAAACCUGUAGCAAAUGCACAAGAUAAACCAAUCAUCAGUCUUGGAGGGAAGCCCCUGAUAGGCCUUGAAAUGGUUAAGAAGACAACCACUCCUUCCACAACGACAACGAUAGCUACAACUACAACUACGACAACUACCACCACCACUACUGCUACUACCACUCCUGAACCAACAACAACUGAGCCACCCACAGAGAAACCAAUGCCUACUUGCCCCCCUGGCACUUAUGCAGAAUAUGAUGAAGAAGGGAAUCUUGUAUUAGGCCUCGAUGGUUUGCCUGAAUGCAAUUCUGAAGAUACAUUCUCAGGGCUCGAUGCAGAUGUGACAGGAACUACAGAGUCAUAUGUGAUAUAUGAUGGAGAUUAUGAGUUUUUUGAAACCACUUUGGCUCCCACGACCACCACAACCACCACCACAGUGACCGCCACCACAGAAGCACUGCCUGAAAUCACCUUUCCAGAGUUCAGUGUUGUGGGCUCAGAUUCUCUGUCAGAAUAUGAUGCUACAGGAAAGAAAAGGUUUACUGCUCCUUAUGUGACUUAUCUAAACAAAGAUCCGGCAGCUCCUUGCUCUUUGACAGAGGCACUAGAACACUUCCAAGUGGAAAGCCUGGAUGAAAUAAUACCCAGUGACCUAAAAGACACAGGGAUGCGUCCUCAGAAGACCCCUCACAAUAUCACCAUAGUAGCUGUGGAAGGCUGCCAUUCCUUUGUGAUCGUAGACUGGGCUAAGCCUACACAUGGGGAUAUGGUUACAGGAUAUUUAGUUUACAGUGCAUCUUAUGAUGACUUCAUCAGGAACAAAUGGUCAACUAAGACUGCAGGGAGCACUAAUUUGCCUAUUGAGAACCUGAAACCAAAUACAAGGUAUUACUUUAGAGUCCAAGCAAAGAAUCCCUACGGUUAUGGACCUAUAAGCUCAUCAAUCUCCUAUGUCACAGAAUCAGAUAAUCCUCUCCUGAUUGUCAGACCACCAGGUGGCGAACCAAUCUGGAUCCCAUUUACUUUUAAAUAUGAUCCCACAUACUCUGAAUGCAGUGGCAAACAGUAUGUGAAACGGACAUGGUACAGGAAAUUUGUAGGUGUUGUUCUUUGUAAUUCACUGAGAUACAAGAUUUACCUCAGUGACGACCUUAGAGAUACAUUUUAUAGCAUUGGAGAUAGCUGGGGAAGAGGUGAAGAUCAUUGCCAGUUUGUGGAUUCGCACUUAGAUGGUAGAACAGGACCACAGUCAUAUGUAGAAGCUCUGCCUACGAUUCAAGGUUAUUAUCGCCAGUAUCGACAAGAGCCUGUAUCGUUCGGACGCAUUGGAUAUAUGACGCCUUAUUACUACGUGGGCUGGUAUGAGUGUGGUGUGCCCAUUCCGGGGAAAUGGUAACUGUGCAGUUCCUGUAGUUUUUAAGCACAGCGCACCCAGCAGUGCCUUUUGGAUGACUAUUUUUGGAGGACUCUGAGCAGUUAGUUCGGUAAAGAAAGGAAAAAAAGAAAACACAGAAAGGAUGGAACUAGCGAAGAGUCAACAAUAGACGUUGAUGAAACUCAGUACUGUACCGGCUUUUGUCAACCGAAAUCUAUGGUGCUGCAUGAUUACUCUGCUUCAGAGCAUAGACAGGAUUCAGUUUUGGAGUCCUGCCUUACUUCUCUUUGCCUUUAAAAGGCAUGGAGAUGUAGCUUCAGUGGGUGCUAUCUUUGCUCAGUGAAACAUAAUAUAUUUGGCUAGCCAUGAAAAAUUGGAAUUGUGAUGUAUCUUGCAAGGAACGACUUAAGCAUGCUGUGCUUGCAUUAGGGAAUGCUAACCACUUUCCACUGUUAUUAAUGGAAUUCUCUGUUGCCUUCCACUGGCAGUCUUGUGCUUCAGGAUGUUGCUAUGCAGUCAUGCCGUGUUAUUAAACACCCAUGAAAAUUAAUCAUUGUUACGCAAGACUUCUCCUGUGGGUUUGCACAUUGCUGGACAGUAUACCAGGUCACUAUAUACAUUCAGUUUUUUAAAAAGCAACCAACAACAACCAGUACUGUAUGCUUGCAAAAGUAUUUCUUAGAACUGAUGUUUUCUUGUUGAUUUAGAUGAAAAUUUGUAUGGGAUGAUGUUUUAUGUAAAAGGUGCUAUUAAUUAACAAGUCUUAAAAAAAUUAAUCUGUGAAAAAUAUACUAUGCACAGUACAUUAACCAUGUAAAGAAUCAGGCUUCUCUUCUUGUGAGCAUUGUUGAACUGUAAUGAAGUUGAUGUUUGUAUAAAAUAGAAGAAUUCAGCAUCAGGCUCCUAGCAAUUGAUGUUUCAAUGAGACUGAAUUAUUUGGGG